CUUGGGACAAGCACAAAACGAGUAGUAAACAAAACGAUUCGUCUUUUUGCAGCAUUGCGGAUUUAUCUGGAAAUCCUAUUUUUUUAGUUUUAUAAAAUAUUAUACACUUUUAAAUUAAUAAUUUUUACAAUCUAUGCAAAAUGAAACUGUUAACGCAUAAUUUCAUGACAUCUAAAUGCUUGAAACGGGUUAAUGUUGGUUUUCCAUUGAAAAUUGUUGCUAGUGAAAUCCAGGAAACUAAAGUGGAAUUCAAUAGUGAUUUCAUUUCUCGAAUUAUACCUAAAUUAGAUUGGGAUGUUGUAUGUUCUACAGCAGAAAGUAUUGGCCAUUUGAAUGAUUUGCCUAAGACAUUGCCAACAAAUUAUGAUAUUGAUGAAGAAUUUUUGAGAGCUGCUCAUCAUGUAUUGUUAGAAGUGGAAGUUGUCUCCGGGGAUUUGAUAUGUCCUGAAACGGGUCUGCAUUUUCCAGUUAGUGGUGGAAUUCCCAAUAUGCUGGUGAAUGAAGACGAAGUAUAAAGCAAUUAUAUUUGAAAAUCCUGUAAAGUGUUCACUAAUUUUCAUUCAUUAUAUUUGUACUCUUUAAUGUAUAUGUUACAGUGCAAAUUUUUCAUUUGUUGCGGUAAUAAAUUUAACAAAAAUUAUUUCUCUUUACUUUCCCUUUUACUAUGAAUUCUCUUUUACUCACAUUUUAUUUAUUUUUGUCUUUAUAAUAACAGAUUUGUGAAAAUGUACACUGUAGCGCUGUUCCAUGACAUUUCAAUACUGAAAUUUCAUAGUAAAAAAUCAUAGAUUAUUGAA